AAAAAAAAAUAAAAUAAAAUAUCUCUCUAACAUAAUAAUAAUAUUAAAAAAUGCCUGCUUCAGCUAUUGCUGUUAAAAGUGAUUUAAAUUAUGCUCUUAACAAAGGUAAAAAAUCAAAGAGAAAUGAACUAGAUUCUCAAAGUAACGAACCCAAUGAUAACGUAACUUACGAAAAAAAGAAAUCAAAAUCUAAAAUCAAAAAAGAAAAGUUGGAUAAUGAUGAACAUUAUAAGAAAAAACGUAAAGAUUCUAAAAAUUCUGAUUCUUCUUUAACUUCAACUAAAUCAAAACGUAAGAAACAUGAUGAAGAACAAGAACAAGAUGAUGAUGAAAUAUUAGAUAUUAAUGGAAAGAGUGAAUCUUCCUCAUUAACUAAGCCACCAAAUUCAAAGAAACGCAAAUUAAGUGAAAAAGAUCCAGCCUCAGUUAUAGUAGAUGACGAUCAAGGUUUUGAAAUGGAAAAUUCCUUAGAAUCAGAUGUAAAAGAGAAUGGAGUAGAAAAAGAGAUUCCUGAGAAUUUAAGAUUAAGCACUUACAGGUUGUCGCAAACAACUAUAGAUUUGUUAAAGAAGCGUGAAAUUGAAGCAUUAUUUCCUAUACAAGCUGCUACUUUUGAUAUGAUUUAUGAUGGAAAAGAUGUUUUGGCUAGAGCAAAGACUGGAACGGGCAAAACUUUGGCAUUUGUUUUACCAAUUACCGAAAUUCUUUUAGCUCAAAACCAAAAGGAUAAUUUUGCCAGUAAACGUCGUGGACGUUCUCCGAGAGUUAUGGUUAUGACUCCAACUCGUGAUUUAGCAAAUCAAAUUUUGUCAGAAUUUGAAUUUAUUUCUCCAACUUUAAAAUCUCUUCCUAUCCUAGGAGGUAAGUCAUAUGAUAUCCAAAAUCAAGGGCUACGUGAAGGAACUGACGUGAUAGUGGGAGCACCAGGUCGAUUAUUAGAUCAAAUCAAUCGUGGUAAUUUAAAAUUAGGAGAUUUGAAAUUUAUUUGUUUGGAUGAAGCUGAUCAAAUGUUAGAUAUUGGAUUUGCUGAAAAUAUGGAAACCAUUUUACAACAUGUAAAAAGUCAAAAAGAAAAACAAGGAAAAGGUGUUGAUUAUCAAACACUAUUGUUUUCCGCUACGGUUCCUGAUUGGGUCAAACAAACCGUAAAGAAAUACUUGAAAAAUGAUUAUAUUAAUGUGGAUUUGGUUGGAAAUUCUGAUAACAAAACUAAUGAAAAUAUUUGUCAUUAUGCGAUUCGUUCUUCCUGGGCUUCCAGAAAAGACAUUAUUGGAGACGUCGUUACUUGUUAUGCUGGAUUGGGAUCUUGUGUUAUUUUUUGCAAUACGAAAAACGAUGCAAAUGAGCUUGUACUUAAUGAUAAAUUGAAACAAGAUGCUCAAGUCUUGCAUGGAGAUAUUGCACAGUCACAGAGAGAAACAACUUUGAAAGGCUUCAGAAAUGGAAAAUUCAAAUGUAUUAUUUGUACUGAUGUUUUAGCGAGAGGAAUUGAUAUACCUCAAGUUGAUCUAGUGAUCAAUUGUGAACCACCAAAGGACGUUGAAACUUACGUGCAUCGUGCAGGUAGAACAGCUAGAGCGGGACGUCAAGGUAAAGCUGUAACAUUCUUUAAACCACAAGAUGAAUACUUGCUACAAGUUGUAGAAAGAGGUGCAAGAAUACAAUUUCAAGUGGUUGGCCCUCCACAACCACAAGAUAUUAUUUCAGCUACAGCAAAUGACGCGAUAAAAAAUUUAGAAUCUGUUGAAUCAAGUGUUUUACCAUAUUUUAAUUCUACAGCAAAAGAAUUAAUUGAGAAACAAGGUGCUAUUGAAGCAUUAAGUGCAGCAUUAGCUUAUAUAAGUGGAUAUUCUAGUGGUAUAAAGAAGAGAAGCUUGAUGAGUGCUACUGAAGGAUAUACAACUAUAUUAUUUAAGUUUAAUUAUCCUAUUAGACAUGGAAGUUAUGUUAGAAAUAUUUUUAAAAAACAAUUUUCCAACAUACCGGAAAAUGAUGUUAUUGCUUUUAGAUUAACAAAAGACAGUGAAGGCGUUGUAUGCGAUAUUGUUUCUGAUCAUUUAAGUGUAAGUGAAGAUGGAGUUAUUAGUAUAGGCGGAAGGCCAUGGUAUAAUAGUAAGACUACUACUUUGGAAAUAGCUAAAGAGUUACCUGAAUUACAAGAAAAUAAAAAUAAUAAUGGAAGGAAUGCAUGGGGAAGAAAUGGCAGUGGGAAUUUUAGAAACGGAAGUGGUGGAAAUAGGAAUGGUGGGUUUAAUAGUAGUAAUAAGAAUGGUAGAGGAAAUGGAUACGGAGGAGGAAGAUCAAAUGGAAAUCGUGGUAAUGGUUACGGAAGAAAAUUUUAACUUAAUCCAUUGGCAACUAUCUAACUAUAGAUAUUUCUAAUUUAAGGAUUUGUCGUCGUUUUAGAUAAUUAGUAAUUUUUUUAGAGAUUAAUAGAAAUUAAUAUAUUUUUAUACGUUUUAUACGUUAUUAAUCUUGAAAAAAAAAAAUAAAUAAAUAAAAUCAAACAU